CUUCCUUCCUCAUUCGGCGCUAGAAGCAGAGAGAGCUAGAAGGGCGAUUUUCUUCCAGCGCAGUUUACAAACAGAUUUUCGUUCGAAAUGGCGACGCUGAAGAAAAUAAAUUCCCAUAUUUUGGUGGGCCUUGUGGUCGGUUGCGCCCUGCUCCAACUGACGCAAGGCUUCACGAUCGGGGACUACCCUAAGUGGAAGCUGGCUGGCUGGAACAAACUACCAGGCUUCAAGGCGAGGAUCACUCAAAAGGGUCUGGACUUCUUCAGAGAUAUCGGCAUGGAGACGAUUCAGAAACACAUCCGAGAAAUGCAUAUUCCUAGUCAGCACGGCUCAGCUGGUCCCAUCUACUACGCCGCAACAAA